GAAAAUUGGAAGGGAGGAGAAGAACUUUCACUUGUCACGCCCCUUGUCUCGUACAAUUUGGUAUCGUCGAUUUCAUAUCAGUCUGACUGGCGAUAACAGUUUCAUCUUCUCAAGUGUGGCAGCAGUAGUUAAUUCCUGUUGAUCGUGUGUUCAUUUUAAAAAUGGCAAGUGAAAGUAAGUUGCAGUUGGUGUGCCUUCAAGAUUAUGAAGAACAUGCCAGCAAGAUUCUUCCACCGUUCGUCUUGGAUUUUUACAGGGGUGGGGCUGAUCAAGAGCAAACUCUUCGAGACAACCGCGAAGCAUUCAAACGAUGGCGAUUAAUGCCGCGAGUUCUUCGAGGAGUGGAGAAUCGUUCGAUGGCUACCACGGCUCUUGGAUAUUCAGUGUCUGCUCCUCUUGGCAUUGCUCCAACUGCCAUGCAGAAAAUGGCACAUGAAGAUGGUGAACUGGCUACUGCGAGAGCUGCCUUUAGCGAAGGUCUGGUGUACGUUUUGAGUACGGUAGCUACUUCUACGAUCGAGGAAAUCGCAGCAGCUGCUCCUCAAGGCAAUAACUGGUUUCAACUUUACAUUUAUAAAGAUCGUCAGGUCACUGUCGACAUGGUUCGACGUGCUGAACAAGCCAACUUUAAGGCACUAGUAGUGACUGUUGACACUGUUCUUCUGGGCCGGCGUUUAGCCACUGAGCGAAAUGAAUUGAGUGAUUCGGGAAGUUCAACGUCGAAUACCUUCGUGUCGUCUCUCUUUGAUCCAAGUUUGACCUGGAAAGAUAUUGCCUGGCUUAAAAGCAUUACGAAGAUGCCAAUUGUGGUGAAAGGAAUCCUAAGGCCCGAUGAUGCUGAAUUAGCAGUUCAACAUGGUGUAGCGGCCAUUGCAGUGUCCAAUCAUGGUGGAAGGCAACUCGAUGGCGUUCAAGCCUCGAUUGAUGCGCUUCCUGCUAUAGUGAAACAAGUCAACGGACGUUGUGAAGUCUACGUUGACGGUGGCAUUAUGCAAGGAACAGAUAUUCUCAAGGCAUUGGCUCUCGGUGCCCGCAUGGUCUUCGUCGGUCGCCCGGUAUUGUGGGGUCUUGCACAUAGUGGUCAGGAUGGAAUCAUCAACGUCAUUCGCUUAUUAAAGAAGGAACUGGACUUGGCUAUGGCGCUUUCAGGUUGUUCUACCGUCACAGACAUCGAUCGAUCAUUGGUUGUUCAUCAAGGUUACUUUUCAAAUAUGUAGAUUACGUUGAAUUAUAUGUAGAUGUGUUUGCUAUAGUCUGUAUGACAUUUCGGAUUCAAAAAGUAGUCUGA